GGUGGCCCCUUGGGGAUGCUGCAGGAUGCAUGUCCUCAUGGUACACAGUGGUACCCCCGUGUACACUACGGUACCCCUUGGGUGCCCAUCCUAUCUCCCCACAGGUCUCUGCUUCCAUCCCUGCAGCGCUCCGUCCCGCCGUGCCGGGGCCAUGGUGGUCCUGCGGGCGGGGCUGUGCCCUGGUCUCACUGAAGAGAUGAUCCAACUCCUCAGGGCAAACAACAUCAGGACCGUGGUGGACUUCGUGUCAUCGGAUCUGGAGGACGUUGCCCAGAACUGUUCCCUGUCUUACAAGGCGCUGGUGGCUGUGCGCCGUGUGCUGCUGGCCCAGUUCUCAGCCUUCCCUACCAAUGGAGCAGACCUCUAUGAGGAGCUCAAGAGCUCCACUGCCAUCCUGCCAACCGGCAGCCCCAGCUUGGACCAGCUGCUGGACGCAGGGCUGUACACCGGGGAGGUGACGGAGCUGGCAGGAGCACCAGGCAGUGGGAAAACACAGGUGUGCCUCAGCAUCGCGGCCAGCGUGUCCCUCGGCCUCAGGCAGCACGUUGUCUUCCUCGACUCCAAGGGGGGGUUCACUGCUUCUCGCCUUUACCAGAUGCUCCAGUCCCGGGUGGAGGACAAGGAGGAGCAGCUGGAGGCCCUGCAGCGGGUGCAGGUGAUCCGCGUGUUUGACAUCUAUGAGAUGCUGCGUGCCCUGCAUGAGGUGCGGGACUGCCUCUCCCAACAGGUGGAGAGCUCGGCGGGGCCGCUCAAGGCAGUGCUCAUUGAUUCCGUGUCAGCCGUGCUGUCCCCGCUGCUGGGUGGCCGGCAGUCAGAGGGCUUGGCCAUCAUGAUGCAACUGGCCCGGGAGCUGAAGACAUUGGCCAAGGAGUUCAGCGUGGCGGUGCUGGUGACCAACCAGGUGACAAGGGACAGCAGCACCGGCGCUCUCAAGUCAGCACUUGGCCGCUCCUGGAGCUUCGUGCCCAGCACCCGUGUGCUGCUGCAGUGCAGAGCAGCGCCGUGGGAGGAGGGCACUGCUCCACACACUGCCUGCUUGGCCAAGUCACCGCGCCAGCCAACAGGGAUGCAGGUGCAGCUGGAUAUUGGCAACGAUUAUGUGCAGGAACAGAGGCCAGUGACACCCACACCAUGACCCUGAUGGGGACGGAAAAGCAAAUGUCAAGGUCUGGGAGAGCUGUAAAGAAAACAGUGCAGACCCUGAGCACAGACUGCCUCUGAGUCCCACAGCACAGAACAGUUCCUGUUCUUCUGCCUUGUGAGAAAACGUGUGUGGGGUUCCCUGGAGAGCUCCCUUGGCACAUGUGUGGUUGGCAUGGGGCAGGCAAGACCCCUCCUCUGCCACUAGUGGGGCUGUCCCAUCCUUGGCAUUGCAUUGGUUUGUGGUUUUGUUCCCAUCUCAUAACUGCUGCCUUGGGCAGCCCAUGGUGGUCUUGGUUGAGAAAUAAAGGUGUUGCACACUG